ACCACUGUGAUAGGGACACACCUUCGUCGUUUUUUGGUAAAGUUCAUGGGGAUGCCAUUUUAAACUCAAAGUGAAUUUAAUCCACGAGAUAUAAGCAUUCAUUGCAAAUUGACUUUUUCAAUUGCAUUGCUUCAAGCACAUUUAGCUGUGCAACUUUACCCACAAGAUGACUGGAGUUUUUGACAGUCUCAGUACAGAUAUGCAUUCGAACCAGAUUACCUCGAACAGUUACCACAGCUUGCAUAAAUCGCAGGAGUCCCCAACUCUACCAGUAUCGACUGCAACGGACAGCAGCUUUUACAAUAGCCAACAGCCUGGAUACUGCGCAGGGUCUCCAUAUGGCCAACUCGGAACUUACCAGUACCACAACAGUGGUAUGAGCAACGUUCAAUACAAUACUAAAUCAUACGACCUUGGUUUCAACUCUUAUGGCACCUACGGCUCCUACGGUUCCAGUUCUUCACCGACUCCAACGGAUGCAGAGAAAGAAGAAAGUGAACCUGAAAUCCGAAUGGUUAACGGGAAACCAAAGAAGGUCAGGAAACCUCGAACUAUUUAUUCAAGCUUCCAACUGGCCGCCCUUCAACGGAGAUUCCAAAAAACACAGUACUUGGCUUUACCCGAGAGAGCCGAGCUGGCAGCCUCAAUGGGCCUUACACAAACCCAGGUGAAAAUUUGGUUCCAGAACCGACGCUCCAAGUUCAAGAAGUUGUGGAAAAAUGGAGAAAUCCCCCAUGAGCAACAUGUGACCUCCAGCGAGUCUCCCCCCUGUAACUCUCCACCCGCCACUGCCUGGGACUUUCCACAGAAUCAAAGAAUGAACAAUGUAAACUCUAGUUUAUCUCAGAGCAGCAGCCCUCCAAAUACGACUGAGCCUUCUUUCUUGGCAAACUAUUCUUGGUACUCAUCAACGAACUCUGCAACGCAUCUUCAGGCUGGCCCGCUUGUCCAGCACCACCACAACUCCGCCUUGAGCGCUGGGACAAUAUUUUAAUACAACUGACUCUUACUCGGAGACUACUGGUGAAACAAACAAAAUGUCAUUAUACAUUUUUACAUACCUCACCAAGCGAACUUUACGCGCAACUUUGGCCUAUAGCUGCUAGGGUAAUUCAGAAUGACACCGUGCCCGCACCGGUAAAAUGGCAGACUACAUAUUUUUACAGUUAUUUUUGUAUUUAUUUAUUGUGUUUAUCUUAAUGGAUGAGAUUUAUGAACCACUAAUAGCCAAAACAACCACGUAGUAAGAUGCUUUUACGAACGUGUGUUACUUUUGAAUCAGCGCGAGUCCAAAGUUGAUUGCAGGACGUGAACAACUGACACACAUGUAGCACAUUUUUCAACUGCGUCGUGCAUUUUGAAAAUGUCCUAAUUUUGUUGUACGUGAUCCAUGUAUAAGCCUACAUGUACACAGAUUUCUAUGUGGCCUAUUCUUUACGGUUGGUUUCCUUUUGUAGGUCAGAAUUCGGCUUUGAGAAAUAUUUCACAACAUUAUUUUGACGUGCCAUCCUGGCAUCAUUUUUAUUUUAUUUUAAUAUUGGGGACCAAUACUGUACCUAUUCUUUACGGUUGUUUUAUCCUUCAUAAACUACUGAUUGUCCCCUAUUCCAAUGAACUUGUAUAACAUUUAUAUGGUGUAUUGUCUUUAAUUUAUUGUAUGGUUAGCAGUGUUUUCUUUAUAUGAUCAGACGUUAUUUAAAUAAAAUUAUGUUUUCUGU